AUGACGGAUGAAGUACAAAUACUUUCAGCUGGAGAUAAAUAUUUCAUGGAACAAAGAGAUCUAAUACUUCAAGAAAUCAAUGAGAGCAUGGAUGCUAUAUUGAAUCAACUUAAUGGCUUAAAUAUAACGCUUGAAAAUAGUAUUGCUGUUGGUAAGGAGUUUGAAAAUGUGUCACAAAUAUGGAAGUUAUUUUACAAUGGUCUCGAAUCAGAACAGGUAAGUACGGAGUCGAAUGUUGAAGCUAAUAUUGGACAAGAACCAACACCGGGACUUUUACCAGAGCAUACGCCUAAGGAUAAUGAUAAUGAAACCAGAUGA